CGGGUCGACUCACUUAACCCCGAGGUUCGAGUUCCGACCGUGUACUGUGGCGGUAGACUCUAGACACAUCCAACAGACCAAUAAAAAAUGGCUUUACGCCACCUCACCCCUCUCUCUCCUUUCACAAACCUCACUCCCCGUAUUCCGUCGUUCUCCCUCCUCUCCGCCACCACUUCCCGUCGUAACAACCGGUUUUCACUUUCAGUAAUGGCGUCCGCAUCACGAAAGGUGCUUGUUCCGAUUGCUAACGGAACGGAGCCUAUGGAAGCGGUUAUCACUAUCGAUGUGCUCCGUAGAGCUGGCGCUGACGUCACCGUCGCUUCUGUUGAAAAGGAGCUCAGGGUUGAUGCUUGUCACGGUGUUAAAAUUGUAGCUGAUGCUUUGAUUUCUGACUGUGUUGACACUGUUUUUGAUCUCGUUUCUCUUCCGGGAGGGAUGCCAGGUGCAACUAAUCUUAGAGACAAUAACACGCUGCAGAACAUCGUGAAAAAGCAAGCAUCAGAAGGCCGUCUGUAUGCUGCAGUAUGUGCAUCUCCUGCUGUUGCACUUGGCUCAUGGGGCCUACUGAAGGGCUUAAAAGCAACUUGUUAUCCAGCUUUCAUGGAGCAGCUAUCUUCCUCUGCAACCACUGUCGAGUCACGGGUCCAGCUGGAUGGACACGCUAUCACUAGUCGGGGCCCAGGAACCACCAUGGAGUACUCUGUUGCAUUGGUGGAGCAACUGUUCGGAAAAGAGAAAGCUGAUGAAGUUUCUGGACCACUGUUGAUGCGUACCAAACAUGAUGAUCAGUUCAUUGUUACCGAACUGAAUAAGGUGCAAUGGACAUGUGGCUCUGAACCUAAGAUUCUAGUACCUGUUGCUGAUGGAUCGGAAGAAAUGGAAGCUAUUAUAAUAAUCGAUGUUCUUCGACGUGCCAAAGCCAACGUAGUGGUUGCAUCAGUUGGUGAUAAGCUCGAAAUUUUGGCGUCUCGUAAAGUAAAGUUAGUUGCAGACAUGCUUCUUGAUGAGGCUGCUAAACAAUCAUAUGAUCUAAUUGUGUUGCCGGGUGGACUUGGUGGGGCCCAGGCAUUUACAAACUCGGAAACGAUCGUAAAUUUGCUUAAGAAACAGAGCGAGUCUGACAGAUACUACGGAGCAAUAUGUGCAUCCCCUGCUCUUGUACUGGAGCCCCAUGGAUUACUCAAGGGGAAAAAGGCGACUGCUUUCCCAGCAAUGUGCGAAAAACUGUCGGAUCGAAGUGAAGCUGAAAGCAGAGUGGUGGUUGAUGGUAAACUUAUCACUAGCAGAGGCCCAGGGACUACCUUUGAAUUUUCAUUGGCCAUUGUAGAGAAGUUUCUGGGUCACGAGAAAGCGCUAGAGAUUGCAAAGGCGAUGCUUGUCGUUUAAAGUUGCGAAGUAUCUUGCUAAGUAUAGGCUAGUUGCGUGUUCUCUUUAUGAUAAACAUGAAGUCUUGCUAAUAAAUGUUCCCAUGGGAUAGGAUUGGCUCGGCUGGCAUAGUCUAUAUACCCGUUGCCCGUCUGCUUUUGCAAUGCAAUUACAAUCAGUGUAGUAUGUAUGAGUUUCCAUUUUCGUUUCUAGAGUCGUUCUAGCUUCGAUUGCAAUGAAUAAAGUUACCAUUAUAUC